AGAAUGUUAUAUUAUCUAAAAAAACUAUAUAUUCAAAAUGUUACAAAAAGCUUAUCCAGAGAUAGUGAGGGGCUCCCAGUUCACGCCAUGGCUUCGUUUCUCCUCUGCUCCAAUCCCCUCUCCACCUCUUUCCAUUUUUCUACGUUGCACCCAUGUUUUCCACCCACUUCUGCCAUCCCUAGCUCUAUGUUGCUCAUGAAGCCUAUUGGGUUUCAGCCAAAAACCUUUAAUGGAGUCCGGCUACGGAACCACCCUUUUGUUGAAAAUACAGCAUCGUUAGUUGUCAAAGCUGCAUCUGAGACUGAUGCUACGGGAGAAAUUGAUAGUAGUGAAGUUCAGCCCGCUGCAGAAGCUAAAAAGGAGGAUGUUCCAGUUGAUAAACUUCCAUUAGAAUCAAAGUUACAAGAGAGGCUGGAACAGAAGGCAAGAAUGAAGUUAGCAAAAAAGAUUAGGCUACGGAGGAAGCGGCUGGUUCAGAAACGCCAUUUGAGGAAGAAGGGACGAUGGCCUCCAUCAAAGAUGAAGAAGUUGAAGAAUGUUUGAUAAUCCUUUUAGCUCCUUGAAUUCAAUUCUUGCAGAUCGAGAGAUGCCAUUUCUGCUCAUCGCUUCCAAUUUACUGUCUUAUUUCUUUAUGCUUUCAAGGAAAUGUAUUUGCUUCUUAAUAUACCUGAAAGGAUCCAGUGAGUAAUGAAAUGUGCAAAUUGUUCUUAGUUUUGAACGACUAAA